UUUAUCAGUAGUUUAAUUCCUGAAAUUUGAAACAUUUAAGCAGUUGAUAAAAAAUUGGUUGGAGUGUGCAACACAUGGCUAUUGUUUGAAGGCCUAAUGAUAAAAAAAUUGCAGAAUUUAUUACCGAUUUUUACAGUCUUGCAAUAAUAAAGGUCACGACCGAACUAUUAUGGUGCUAAAAUGUAUUAUACAGCUUGGAAACACGGGAACAUUUACCACAGAAAUUGAUAUGAAUGUCUCCAGGGGCAAAAAAUUUUCCAAUUUUGAGUAAUUUAAAGGAACUCGUAAUUAGUGGCCCAGGCCAGCUUUAAGUAUUUUCAAAAUUUAAUAAUGACGUAGUCAUGAAUGUCAAACAGAAUUCACAAACUUUGACAAUGUCACAAAAUAAUUUGGUAGUGAGGUUGUAAUUAAGACUUCAUCCGCUCGCAGUCAUUGAUCUACUCGAGUAAAUCGCGUUACUUGAACCGUUUAAGUGGCAAACUUUGCGUCUACGAUGACCUACUCUAAUAUCGGCUAAGCCUGACGUAAUUUCUUCGACGAUACCUAUUUUUAGACCGUAAUUGCCUUAAUUUACCUUAAACAAGAAACGACAAAUUCAAUGUAUUACGUCGACAUUGUUUAAUUUGGAAUCGAACUUAUAAUUUAGCAGUUAUCAGUUGACUUUUCUUGUUAUGAAAAUCGUGAAUGUCCAUUACAACCAAUUCACAAUUUGCGUAAUUUUAAUUAAACCAAAUGGCCUCACUUAUUGAUGAUUACUUUAGAAAUUGCCAAUGCGUAAAUGCUUUAUUCAGAGAAUGGCCAACGAAAAAAAAUGUUGGGACUCGGAAAUGUCUACUUUUGUGUAUGGUUCUAACUUUAAUAAUUGUCUUUUUUUAUUACACCCAAUUUAACAUUCAUACCUUUGAUGAAGAAUUUGUACUAAAUUAUUCCCGAACUAAACUAUGGGGAGGGGAAAAAUACUUAAUACAUACCUCAAAAUGUCGAAUUCGGAACGAUGAUCCUUUUAAUGAAGAAGUGAGGAAAUAUUAUCAUCGUGAAAACUACCUUCCCUGUUCCCGUAAAGAACUGUUGUCUUAUGUUGAAAAAACAGAUUCUUUUACUACUUUGCAUAUAAAUCAGAGUUUAUUAGGAACGUAUAGUUUUCUCAAGAUUUCGUGUUGUUAUUCUUCUAUUAACCGAGUACUCGAAAAAAAUAAGUCUGAUGACGGAAUUAGAUUUUCAGAGUGUGUUUCGUUCGAAGACAGCGUCAACGUAACCGAUACUGUGGUUCUAGUCCAAUGCAAAAACUCACUAAAUAUUGAAGUCUACAAAAACGUCCAUGCUAUUAUUACUCCUCGAGAUCUCCCCCCUCAAAAAAAGCAACUUCCACCUUCGAACUUCACAAGUGUUGUCUUCGUUGGAAUCGACAGCAUGUCCAAACUGAAUCUAGUCCGUACGAUGCCAAAAACGCAUAGUUUCUUAGAAGGACACGAUUUUUUAAGUCUGAGAGGAUACACCAAAAUCGACGACAAUACAUUUCCUAAUUUGAUGGCGAUUUUGACGGGGAAAAGGUGGCGUGAAGUUUACAAACACUGUGAACCCGAUAAGAAUACGAUGAAUAACUGUGAUAUAAUAUGGGAUAAAUUUAGUGACUUAGGCUUUAUAACUGCUUAUGCUGAAGAUGAGACGUUCAUUGGAACGUUUAAUUAUAAUAAUAGGUUAGGGUUUGCGGCUCCUCCGACGGAUUUUUAUUUCCGACACUACAUGAUAGUCGCUGAAAAAUUACCUUCGAUUCAUAGAUUCGGGAUGCAUACAUGUGCCGGACCGGAAACUUCCGGUGAAAGAAUCAUGAAUCUAGCCAAAGAUUUUAUUACUAUUAAACACUACCCGAAAUUUGGGUUGUUCUGGAUGAAUAGCUUUAGUCACGAUAAUAUAAACAUGCCUUCGUCAAUGGAUGAAAAAGUUGAAACUUUUCUAAAAGACAUUUACAAUCAUUUGGACAACACUAUCCUUGUUUUCUUCAGCGAUCACGGAUUUAGAUUCGGUGAAAUCCGAAACACUCAUACGGGAUGGCUGGAAGAAAGACUUCCCUUUAUUUAUCUCCAUUUUCCUCCAACUUUCAAACAACAGUAUUCAAAGGAAUAUCAAAAUUUCCUCAUUAAUACCAGACGACUCACAACUCCUUUCGACCUCCACAUGACACUCCAAGACGUUAUACGCUUUGCCAACCAAAGUUACAAGGUGCAUCCCAGUCAAGCUUGUCCCAAAUGCCAUUCUUUGUUCAAAGAAAUUCAAGAGUCUCGCACGUGCGAAGAUGCUGCUAUUGAUCAACACUGGUGUUUAUGUAAGGGUCGCGCCUAUAUUAACCCCUUGACGCCAAUCGUACAAAAAGCCGCGCAAUAUCUGGUUUGGAAAAUAAAUACUAUCAUAAAAUCGUCAAGUACAGGUCAUUUGUGUGCGCAUUAUUAUUUGAAAAAAGUCACUUCGUCGGGAAUGUCCGAUGAAUACCUAAAUGAGAAAAACAAAAGUGUGAGUUUUCUCUUAAUUAUGCUUGAGACAAGGCCACCGGCGAAGUUUGAAGCGACGAUUGAAAUUAACCAAAAGGGUGACAAGCCGGAUUUUCGUUUAUUAGGUGAUAUUAGUCGUACAAAUAGGUAUGGUGACAAUAGCAAAUGUAUCCAGAACUGGUUGCAGAAAUAUUGCUACUGUGAUGGACUAUUCACUUCAAUUAAAAGUGCCAUAUGUCAUUUUUUGAAUUGUAUUUAAUUUUAUAUUUGUUAAACUUACAAGAGUUAUAUUUUCAACGGUUAAUAAAUUUUGUUUUAUAUUUU